UUCCCCUUUUUUUUCUCUGUGUUUUUAUUAGAAAAAAACCCAAAAAAUGAUAAGAAAAAUGCUAAUGGUUACAUGCAAAAAUCUUUAGAAAUCUUGAAAAAAUGAGGGAUUUUGAUUAAAGGGUGUUAGUGGGAUUUUUUUUUUUGGCUUUUUUUCAUGAAAAUGGGAUUGAAUCUUGUAAAGACUGGAUUUUGAUUAAAGGGUUUUUAGUUUUAAUAGCAAAGUUUUGAUCUUUUUGGUUUUUUUUGUUCUUAAAAUGGGUGAAAACAGUAAUGAUUUGCUACUUUGUACAGAAACUAAGAAUCUUUGCUUUGAUGAUCUUGAUUCUUUGGCAAAUAAUGACCAAAAAAUUCAAGAAAAGAGUAAAGUUUUGAGCUUUGACUAUGGCAGAUCAGUGGCAUUGAUUGAUUUGUUGCCAAGUCUAAGUGAAGAAAGCUUUUGUGUUAUGAUGGAAAGGGAAAAAGUAUUUUUACCAGAAGAUGAUUAUCUUAAGAGAUUGAGAAUUGGGGAUUUGGAUUUGAAUCAUAGAAGAGAAGCUGUUAAUUGGAUUUGGAAGGCUCAUGUGCAUUAUGGAUUUGGAGAGCUGAGUUUUUGUUUGUCAAUAAAUUACCUUGAUAGGUUUCUGUCUUUGUAUGAAUUGCCAAGAGGUAAAGUUUGGACAAUUCAAUUGUUAGCUGUAGCCUGUUUAUCCCUUGCUGUCAAAAUGGAAGAAAUUAAUGUUCCUUUGACUGUUGAUUUACAGGUAGGUGAGCCUAAGUUUUUGUUUGAAGGCAAAACAAUACAAAGAAUGGAACUUUUGGUGUUGAGCACAUUGAGAUGGAGAAUGCAGGCUUUUACACCUUGCACAUUCAUUGAUUAUUUUAUGAGAAAGAUGAAUCUUGAUGAAUUCCCAUCAAUGCGAUUGGUUUCUAGAUCAAUUCAGCUAAUAUUAAGCAUAAUAAAAGGUAUUGACUUCUUGGAAUUCAGGCCUUCUGAAAUUGCAGCAGCAGUGGCAAUGUCGGUUUCAUGGGAAAGGCCACAAGCAAAAGACAUUGAUAAGGCAAUGUCUUGCUUCUCCAUACAAGUUGAAAAGGACAGAGUGAUGAAGUGUCUUGAACUGAUCCAAGAUUUGACAUUGGUUAGUGGGACUAGUGCUACUACUGCAGCAGCAACAUCAGUACCUCAAACUCCCAAUGGGGUGUUGGAAGCUGCUUGUUUGAGCUAUAAAAGUGGUGAAGGAACAGUUCCUUCAUGUCAAAAUGCAAAAAGGAGGAAGCUUGACACAAACAUCAUCUCAUGAAGUCAUCAACUUUAAAUUUUUAAAAUCUUUUUUAUUAGUUUUUAGAGGUCCUAAAAGUCCAAUGAGUUUUGGCUAAAUGGAAAAUUUGUUGGUGUGGUGAUUUUAAAAGUCACAAAAGCAUUGAGGAAAAGAAGGGGUGGGGGGUGGGGGUCCAUGUUUUUAGCAUGAAAAGAAUUGUCACCAGCUGUUAAUAAUAAUCCUGAGUUGUCAACAACCAUAGUAAAAUAGGAGGUUGAGGAGAAAGAUUUGAGUUUAUUCUCUUCCCUUUUUUGGGUAAUUUUAAAAAAAAAUUCAAAUGAAAAAUAUAUAGAAUGAGAAAGGGUUUGGAGGUUAAAGUAGUAUAGUUAGUGGAGGUUAUUAAGCGGUGGUAUUGUUUUAUUAUUUCUAUUAUGUAGUGAAGUGAAGUGAAAUUGAGAUGUAUUUUCAUGGUACUAUGGAAUAAAACAUCCAAAAAAAGUCCUUUUGAUCUUCAU